AUGAAGCUCCAAAAGCCAUGGCUGCAAGCUCUCUCGGAACGAAAUGCUGGGAUCAUCAAUGCUCCGCCCCCGCUCCCGGCUGGCGGGCUCGAGCCGAAGAGGAUGAAGGAUAGCUUCCACAAGCUUGUCCUCCCACUGGCAAAGGAUAAGUGGCUUGUGGAUGGAUAUGUCAACGCAUCUGGCCAGCUGCGUCUUGGAACCCUAUUCCAGGACCUCGAUGCCCUGGCGGGCGUAGUGGCAUACAAGCAUACCGGGCCCGGACCAACCACGGUCACUGCGGCGGUGGACCGUAUCUCCAUCAUCCGCCCGCUCGAAGAGUUCUGCGACCUCGAGCUCAGCGGGUUUGUCUCAUAUGUCGGCAAAUCGUCGAUGGAGAUCUCUCUGGAAGCCCGGCGCAACGGCGUCGAGGGGGAGGAGGGCCUCAUCUUGACAUGCGCCUUCACGAUGGUUGCGCUGAACCCACAGACUAAGCGCGCAACCCCAGUACCCCCACUACUCGUUGAGACGCCGGAAGAGAAGGCGAUAUUUAGCAAGGGAGAGGAGUACCAGAAGGCGAAGAAGGCGCUGCGAGAUGUGUCGCUGGCCAAGCAGACGCCGAAUGACGAGGAGUCGGACUUGAUCCAUCAGAUGUGGAUGGAGCAGCUCCAGUACGAGGACCCGCAGUCUAAGCUCUCAAAGCCCGAGAACACAAGCUACAUGUCUACUACCACUAUGGCGUCCACGUCGAUCAUGCAGCCGCAGUAUCGCAACCGUCACUCAUUCAUGAUCUUUGGUGGGUAUCUUCUGAAGAGCACUAUGGAGCUUGCGUUCUGCUGUACCUCUGCGUUUGCGCACUCGCGGCCGAUGUUCUUGAGUCUUGACCCGAGCACGUUUGAUGCGCCGGUGCCCGUGGGGAGUAUCUUGUACUUGACCGCGACGGUUGCCUAUACCGAGCCGUACAAGGGUGGGAGUAGGGUGCAGGUCAGAGUUGGAAGUAAGGUGAGAGAUGUGGAGCAUGGAAGUGUUGUCGAGACGGGCGUGUUCAAUUACUCCUUCUUUGUGGAGGGUGAUCUGAAGGUCAUGCCAAGGACAUAUGGUGAGUUUGUAAUGUACGUGGAUGCGAGGAGAAGAGCGAAGCAGAAUGAGCUGUUGCCUGAUACCUCUGAUAUCAAUGCGGCUAAGACGAGGGUGAUGGAGUAG